AUGCCGGCGGAUUUCUUUGGGCAUGGGGCAGUCGAUUGCUGGGCUGGCCCUACAGGUUACCGCUGCGUCAACGGUGGCUCUUCGUGCUCCAGCUACAAGAAGUUAGAAGAUGUAGUGUUUCACAUUUGGGGAGGUAGCGCAGCGACGCCUAGCCCGACGCCAUACCCGACGCCCUACCCGACGCCGUAUCCGACGCCCUAUCCGACGCCCUACCCGACGCCCUAUCCGACGGCAUUCCCGACGGCGUUCCCGACGGCCUACCCGACGGCGUUCCCGACAGCCUACCCGACGGCGUUCCCGACGGCCUACCCGACGGCGUUCCCGACAGCCUACCCGACGGCGUUCCCGACGGCCUACCCGACGCCGUCCCCGACGUAUCCUCUGGGGUGGCCUACUCCACAUCCGACGUUUGCUCCGGGUCAUGUUCCCCCGACGCCGGCUCCGACGUCUGCUAAUCCGUGGAUGUUGUAUGCAAACAUCAAUCCCUGCGAUGGUGGGAAUAUGGGGUACGGGGCUCCCGCUUGGUACGGCAGUGCUGGUAGCGCCGCCACAAGCCUUACUAGCGACUUUGUCGACGCUUCAGUGGGGACUGUUCCCGUGAAGUACGUCACAAUCGCUCGACACACAGACGGUGCUUGCGAAAUGUCGAAGACGUGGGAGCUCAUGAGCAGCACCAAAUCGAUGCAUGAUUAUUUCUCCGAGCACAGCCCUGGGAGAAUAUUCGUAACAGGAGAUGGUACUGCCAGUGACACACACAUUGCCUCCGACAUGCCAGCCAGUUUCAAUGGGGAUGGUCUUCCAGGAGACCCAAUUUUUGGUGCCGAUGGUGGCUUGGUGUUCAAUUGGUGGUACUCCAACAAUGGAGCUCGGGUUGCCGUUCCUGGCGGUUACAAAACUCCUUACUCCUUACCAGGCACAGGGGAAAAUAAUGAUGACCUCCAUGGCCUGGGCAACGAGUUCGGUGCUAGCACGGCUUCUGGGGGAGGGAGCCCAUAUUGGUGGCACGAUGCUGCCCAAAUCAUGGGAGAUUGUCACGGCGGAUCGUGCCUAGUGGUUGGCACUGACCAUGGAAGCAGCUUGAGCGAUGGUCCUUGCUGGGGCAGCUACGCAAUCUAUGUGUCUGCUGAAUUGUCGACGUUUCCCUGCCAGGGCACGACCAUGUCAGCGCAGGUUUCGGCGGCGGCUCCCUUGGUUCCCCCUGUGGCUGUAGUGGCACCAGGCAUGAUUGCUGCCACAGGCGAUCCGCAUCUGCAGAACAUUCAUGGUGACCGAUUCGAUUUGAUGAAGGCGGGUAAGCAUGUUCUGAUCAACAUCCCUCGUGGAAUGAGCGCUGAAAGCGCACUGCUUCGCGUCCAGGCGUCUGCGCAACGAUUGGGAGGACACUGCGCCGACAUGUACUUCCAAGAAGUGAACGUCACAGGGUCAUGGGCAGAGGCAAAGCAGGCUGGGGGGUACCAUCACAGCAUUUUGAAACAAGCUGCCGACACGCCUGAAUGGAUUGCCUUUGGUAAGGUUGAGCUGAAAGUCGUUCAUGGGCAUACUGAGAGUGGGCUCCGGUACUUGAAUGUGUACGUGAAGCAUCUGGGGCGAGCAGGCUUUGCUGUCGGAGGUCUGCUGGGGGAAGACGACCACAGCGACGCAAUGACCCCUCCGAAGGCAUGCGCCAAGACGAUGUCCCUGGCAGCAGGGCCAGCAGGCGGCGAGGGCCGUUCCGCGUCGUCAUUUGCAAAGGCAACCCUGGAGUGA